CGACAUAGUGUAGGAUAUUGGCGUCAUUCAAAUUAUAUUGAAUCGGUCCAGUCGUGUUUAGGUCGUGACGUGUAACAGUGGUGUCGUACAGUGAUGAACUGUUAGUGUGAAAUAUUUUAUUUUUACUUAUUACUUAUAUUUAAUCAAGGGUCAUCAUGUGCCCAAUAUGGCCCCUGCACCUGAUCAUCCUGUACCUACUAGCGCUAUGUCCGCUGUGGGUGCUGUGUCAGCAAUUACCCUUAACUCUGAAGGCUAUAUUCGAACCAGAGUCAGUCUCAGUACACAUGGACUACACGGCAUACGUUGACGUCAAUGUUACAAGUAACGGAUUUAUGCCAGGUGAUGAAAUAUCGUUGACAUCAGGAAAUUUAGAUGUAGCAACAGUGGUGAUGAACUCUUCAUACAAACUGACAGAGGUGGAUGCAGCCAGUAAUAAGUGGCAAGGAAGGGUACGGGUGUAUGGGAAUUUUCUUGGUCGAACAAACAUAUCUGUGCAAGCAAAACGGAAUGAUGAGGUAGCCACAGCCGAUAAUAACCUCUCAGUAACUGUUCUCAGGCCAGAGCGGGUCAUAGACACAAUCUUCGUCAGCAGUGUUGCCAUUUUCGUGUCGUUGAUUUUCAUUAACUUCGGCUGUGCAAUGCAUUGGCCUACUGUGAAGGAAGUAAUGAAGAAACCCAUUGGUCCAGUCAUAGGGAUGGUUGGACAAUUCCUAUUCAUGCCCUUGAUGUCAUUCGGAUUGGGUUACCUGAUAUUCCCGGCGGAGGCGGCGGCGUUACGUCUGGGCAUGUUUUUCACGGGCGUAGCACCAGGGGGCGGGGCUUCUAACAUAUGGACCUUUAUACUGGGUGGGAAUCUCAAUCUGUCACUCGCCAUGACCACCAUAUCCACCCUCGCCUCGUUCGGUUUCAUGCCGAUGUGGCUGUUCUCCCUCGGCCAGGUGGUGUUCCGUAACGCGGAUAUAGUGGUACCGUACUCUCGCAUAGCCAUGUUCGUGGUCGGCCUCAUAAUACCGCUCGGCAUCGGCCUGGCCAUGCAGCGGUACACGCCGCGCGUGGCCGCGUUCAUGGUGCGGAUACUGAAGGUGUUCUCCACCACGGUUCUGCUGUUCAUCAUUAUAUUCGCUAUAGUCACAAAUCUGUACAUAUUCAAGCUGUUCACGUGGAGGAUAAUAGUAGCCGGUAUGGGAAUCCCCUGGCUCGGCUACAUGUUCGGUUAUUUCCUCGCGUGGAUCUGCAAGCGACCACACGAAGAUGCACUCGCCAUAUCCAUAGAGACCGGUAUACAGAAUACCGGCAUAGCCAUAUUCCUGCUUAGAUAUGCGCUCGAUCAGCCAGAAGCUGAUAUCACUACAGUGAUACCGGUUGCGGCGGCUAUAAUGACGCCCAUACCCAUGACAACCAUCUACAUCUAUCAGAAAAUCAAAGCGUGCAUCCUCAACAGAGGAAAUGAACACAAAAAAAUCAUUGAAGACCCACCAACACCCGUACGUGAAGCAUCCCAGCCCAGCGUCAUCGCAACCAUUAAUGUCGACACAAAAUAGCGCAGCUUAAACCACUGACAAGAACAUUGGGCAUAGACAAUAAUAUAACUUUAUAUUUUUACUCAAAGAACAGGGUAACAGUCCUUUUUACUCUCUUUUGAUAAUUACAGUAAGAUGUUAAGUUUUUUUUUUCAAAAUUUUAUGUAUUUAAAACAAAGACUUAAAUAUACUAUACAAGCUGUUAAAAUUUUGGCUAAACGUGAGCGCGAAUAGAUAUAAGUCUAUAUCAUU